CUGGCUGAUUAUUUUACAGGAGGAGUUUCCAACAAUAGGUAAAGCAUGUCUUAUGGCAUUGAAAACACGACCAGUAGGUGUGAGCCUUGUGCAAUAUGAUCUGAAUACAGGGGAGCUAAUUAAAGAAAUAUUUCUAUCAUGUCGCAUCAAAUUCAGAUAUUUAGACUGGGCAGAGGUGAACAAAAUGUUCUAUAUCAAAUCUAUACGUACUGUAGAAACAAGAGUGCAUUUACCUGAAAGGAUAUCAAGCAAUGUUGCAGUUGUGAUGGCAGCUUUCUCAACAUUUCCAUUAAAAUUUGUGGGAAUGUUUGAAGUUGAUAGAAGAAUAUUUGGAGCAGGUGUAACAAAUGCUAUUCUCACUCACGGCAUGUUGAUUAUCAUGUAUGUAAAUGGUCUGGUGAAAUUCUUCAGUUUUGACAGAAUUCUUGAAAAGUUUAAGAACUUUGAACAUUCCCUCGAUGCCUUCACUUCUACAGGAAACAUAGACUGGGCAGAAUUACCAGCAGAUCUUCCUAUUAAUAUAAAGAUAACAGAGAUUCCACCAUUGUUGUUUGAAGUGAGCUGCUGUGAUCAAGAUGUAAAGAUUGGAGGUUUUCCCUGGCAUUACAUCUACUCUCCAAAACGUGCGGCAAACAUAUUUCAAAUUAAAUCUUUAAAGGAUAGUAUUCAGGUUGAAGGAGGAGCAUUAAAAUGUGUUGACAUACAUGCUGAACCUGACUCUUGCUCAUUCCAUAACGAUGAUUCUGGUAGAAUAAUUCAUGUGUCCGGUGGCUGCCUGAAUGUGUUUAAGUUACAUAGUGAAAAAAUGUGUAGGUCUGUAGAGUUACAGACUGUGGCAACUGUAAAUGUCCACAAGCCACAACAAAAGGUUAGAGUAUAUAUGACAUCAUCAGGAAGGAGAGUAAAAAGAAGACAGUCUGAUAAUGAGGUCUCAUUUCAUGAUGAUGAUGAUGUAAUUCAUGGUGUAGAAUAUGAAGAUGAACUAGAUAUAUCCUGGAUCUCAGUGUUUAGUGUAUCACAAGCUUCAAGGGUCAUCUUUUAUGAUAAUCAGUCAUUUCAAAUGCUAAAAGAGGUUUUCUUAGAGAGCAGCCUAACAGAAGGACAUCAGGUAUAUGAACAUCAUGUACAUGUAGACUUGGAUACUAUUGUAGAGAUUUAUAAACCUAUGCCAGGACAGUUUAGAUGCAAUAUGUAUAGACUCAGUGGAGAUAUAAAUCAAGAAAUAUCUGCCGACAGCGGAUUAUAAAUAUGACAAUAUUCAUGUACUUCAAGAAACAAAAACUUGAUAAAGUGCUGUGUGUUUUCUUGUGAAGCAUUGAUACAAUAAUUGACAUUGAUCUCCUAGUAUUAUUUUACAUAAUUAAAAUGUUAGGGUAUUUCAUAUUAACAUUUGGAUAUAGAUUGUGCAGGCACUUUUGUAUACUCAUUUUUUUGAUAAACAAAUUAACAACACAAUUUUCUUGUAUUUUAUUGUGAAGAAUAAAGGAAUACUGAAUAUAGUCUUUCACUUUCAGUAUAUCUUAUUUAUACUUAUUACAGGCUGUCAACCAGGUCUUAUCCAAAAUAAAGGAGGAAUAUAGGAAUAUUUUAGCAGGAAAUAUAGGAGUUUUUGGACCAUUUUGAGGCAAAAAAUAGGAGUUUUCAAUUUAAAUUGUUUAACUUACCAAUGCUUAUAUAAAUGUAGAUUAUUCUUACUU